GCCCUCCCCUCCCAGUGAGAGAAAGAAAGAAAAGCUGCCUUUAAUCAUCCAAAGAUCAGGGAUUGCAGCUCCGGUGGACGAGGGAGGAUUACAAUCUCAUCAAACGCAGCCCUCGGGGAUUAAUCUCGGCUCGCUCGGUGGGCGAUGAGGAAGGUGGAUCGACUGUGAACGAGCCUCUUGCUGUCCAGGGCCAAGACUGCUGGCCACAGAUCGUUGCGUGGGGGAGCGAUGCACCGUGACACACUCUCGCUGCUGCUGAGCUGGGUGGCCGUCUCUCUGUCCACCACGGCGCUGCUCACCUCCUACUGGUGCGUGGGCACACACAAGGUGCUGAAGCCCGCCUGCUCGUCCAGCCGCACCACCGACUGUACCCUGGCCCCCGGGACCGACUCCGGCACCAGCACCACCGCCCGCAACAGCACCGGCAACGGCUCCAACACCCACACCUACUCAGAAUACAGCUGGGAGAUGGGUGACGACAGGUUCUCCUUCCGAGCGUUCCACACUGGCUUGUGGACCUCGUGCGAGGAGAACUUCAUCGGCACAGGAGAGCAUUGCCGCAGUUUCAUUGACCUGACUCCCAUCACACAACAAGGGAUCCUGUGGCUCACGCUGGUCUCUGAGGUUCUCUACAUCUCUCUGCUCUCCUUCAGUUUUGUGCUGAUGUUGCUGGAACUCUGCCUCCCCCGUAACUCCAGCUGUGCCCUCAAGCUCAACGCCUUCGCAGCUGUCUUCUCCGUGUUGUCAGGUUUGCUGGGCAUGGUGGCCCACAUGAUGUACACGCAGGUGUUCCAGGUGACGGUCAGUCAGGGCCCCAAAGACUGGAGACCCCAUCACUGGGACUUCGGCUGGUCCUUCUACUUGGCCUGGCUCUCCUUCACUUUCUGCAUGGCCUCCUCGGUCACCGCCCUCAACAUCUACACCAAGACGGUACUGCAGGCACAGAAACACUGCCUGGGCCCCGCUCUGGGCCCUGUUCUGGGCCCCGCUCUGGGCCCCGGCCCUCUGCACUGCUCCCCCGGCCCCUACCCCAGCCGCUACCUCCAGCGGGCCUCCAGCAGUGGCGAUAUCUUCACCAACCUCUCCCCCACCCGCCUCACCAGAGCCCACUCCGCAGAGUCCCUGGGUGACGAGCACUGCUAGCCCAGCGCGGGCAGAACGGCCUCUCCUUGUUCCUUCGAUGGGGUGGCGCAGCGGUAGAGUUGCUGCCUCUUAGCGCCAGAGACCCAGGUUCAAUCCUGACCACGGGUGCUGUCUGUACGGAGUUUGUACGUUCUCCCUGUGACCUGGUGGGUUUCUCCGGGUGCUCAGGUUUCCCCCCACACUCCAAAAACGUGCACGUUUUUAGAUUAAUUGGUUCCUGUAGAGUAUACAAUAGACUAUAGACAAUAGAUAAUAGGUGUAGGAGUUGGCCAUUCGGCCCUUCGAGCCAGUACCGCCAUUCACUGUGAUCAUGGCUGCUCAUCCAUAAUCAGUGCCCCAUUCCUGCCUUCUCCCCAUAUCCCUUGACUCUGCUAUUUUUAAGAGCCCUAUCUAACUCUCCCUGUAAAUUGUCCCUAGUGUGUAGGAUAGGGUUAGUGCAUGGGAGAUCAUCAGGCAGCACAGCUGAAGGACCGGUUUCUGCACUGUAUCUCUAAACUAAACUCAACUAAACUAAUGUUAGCCUAAAGUCUUAAGGGGCAGCAAAAGACUACUCCUCAAUAUUUCCUCCCACCCCCCAAAAACGUACAGGUUUGUAGGUUAAUUGGCUUCAGUAAAAUUAUAAAUUAUCCCUAUUGUGUGUAGGAUAGUGUUAGUGUGCGGGGACCGCUGGCUGGCGUGGAUUCGGUGUGUGAGUGAGUGAGUGAGUGCGAGUGUGUGAGUGUGAGAGUGAGUGUGUACGAGUGAGUGUGAGUGCGAAUGUGAGUGAGUGUGUAUAUGUGGAUGACUGGGCUGUGCUUGUGUGCGGGAGUGAGUGUAUAUGAGUGUUAGUGUGCGUGAGAGUGUGUGUAAGUGUAUGUGUGUGUGUAAGAGUGAGUGUGUAUGUGUGAAAGACAGGGAUUGUGUAUAUGUGUGGGUGAGUGUGUGGGAGUGUAUGUGUGUGAGAGUGUGCAUGUGUUAAUAGUGUGUAUGUUAGUGUGUGUGAGGGUGUGGGUGUGAGAGCUAGUGUGUGUGAGCGUGUGUGCGAAUGCGCUUGUGUGUGUGUGUGUGUGUCAGUGUGCCUGUGUGUGUGUGUGUGUGUGUGUGCGCAUGUGUGUGAGUCAGUGUGCCUGUGUGUGUGUGUGAGCGUGUGUGUGUGUGCAUGUUUG